AAAUACAGUUAUUUUAGUCACGUGAGCAUAAAUGCAUUUAUGCCUGCCCACGAUGGAAUGUUCCAUCAUAGCCUGCUUAUUUGAGAACAUGCGGUGAAAUAAUGUUGUUUACCCUACACCGUACAUUUAAUUACAAUUCCGGAAUUAUUUUACUCAUUCCCAUGUUGUACGAUGUUUUCAGAAUAUUUAUAUAUGCUCUAUAAAUAUCAUUUUCUUUUGAUUUUUCAUUGUUAAAAUGUAUCCUAAAGAUUUAGACAAUUAUAUUUGGCGCUGUAGUAUGAUUUUGGCCAACCUGAAUUUUGGGAACAUUUGGCAAGUUGGCUUCACCGUUUACUUCCAAUUUUCGUGAAGUUUCUGUCAAGAUCAAGAUGGUGGAUUACAGCAAGUGGAAAGAUAUAGAGAUAUCUGAUGAUGAAGAUGAAACGCACCCAAAUAUUGAUACACCAUCAUUGUUUCGAUGGAGACAUCAAGCAAGACUGCAGAGAAUGGAAGAACUUCAGAAGGAAAGAGAAGAACUUGCUAAAUCAAGAGAAACAAAUUUUAAAAAAAUUCAAGAGACAAAGGAUAAAGUGUCUGAUGCAGAGAAGAAAGGAGCUCCGAAUUUAGACGAUCUGAAAACAGCUUUAAAAGAAUUAGAGAAAGAAGCAAAUUCAUUGAAGCAGAAAGAGUCAGAGUUUGAAAAGAAGGAAAAGGUUACUCCUUGGAAUGUUGACACUAUCAGUCAUGCAGGCUUUACCAAGACAGUUAUAAAUGCCCCACCUUCAAGGGCAAGUGAAGAAUUAUCAGAAGAACAGAAGGAGCAGCGUAUGAAAAAAUUUGUGAAAGAAAAUGAAAAGACUUUAAAGAAAUUUGGAAUGCUCCGUCGUUUUGAUGACAGUAAAAGAUUUCUUCAAGAACAACCUCAUUUGGUGUGUGAAGACACUGCAAAUUACCUUGUCAUAUGGUGUAUUAACUUGGAAAUGGAUGGGUAUAUCUUGGAAUUAUCAAAGCAAUUGAAUGUGGAUCCUAGGGCAUGUGUGUCUUCAUUUUUUACAAGGAUACAAGUGGCUGAACCUGAAUACAAGAAUUCAUUUAAUGAUGAACUGGAUUCUUUUAAAGAACGCAUCCGAAAAAGAGCAGCUGAGAAGAUCCAAGAGGCUGAGGAAGAAGAACGCAAAGCACGCUUGGGGCCAGGUGGUCUUGACCCAGUCGAAGUGUUUGAAACACUCCCUUCUGUGAGUUACUGUUCAUUAAAUUUGCUAGAUGCUCUGGGGGAAGCCCUUCAAAAGUGUUUUGAAACGCAAGACAUUCCCUUGUUACAAGAGACCAUUGCAGCCAUGCCUGAAGAGGAAGCUCGGUAUCAUAUGAAACGUUGUGUAGAUUCAGGAUUGUGGGUACCAGAUGCUAAAAAGGCUGAGCAAGCAGAACAAGCAGAGCAAGGAGACAGUGCUGCCACAGAAUCACCUGAAGUUGAUACAGAAACAAAAUAAAGGUGUGAAGUAUUCAGUUACUUCAUCUAUUAGCAAAUUAUUGCCAAUCGACUGCUGGACCUUUUCUGUGAGGAUAAAGUGAAUACUAUUGUUAAGUGUUCACAGUGAAAUACAGAAGUUGCAAUGGUGAAUUUUUUGUGUUGUGCUCUUGUAAGAAGUAAGGAUAGCAGUGAACAUACAACUAUGUAUUGCCAUGCUUUCCUGUUAUGCACAUAAUUCGUCUUUUAAUUUUGUUACAAUCCCAAUUUUUUAUUAUAUAUUUAGUUCUGAAGAAAAACUCCCUCAUAAAUAAUGUAAUCGUACCUUUUGGUAUUUUUUUAAAUACUGUUGUACGUAUAAGCUUGCACAUCCUAAAAUAAAUAUUACUGAGAUUAUCUACUUUUUGUGUACCGUGUUGACUGGUUAAUAGUGAGUAUUUCAUCAUGGAAUUAUGUAAGACGUGUUUCGGCAUUAUACUUUUUGUUUAGCUUAAAUGCUAUGUACUAGCUUAUCUCAUGAAUACAGAUUGUGUACUAACAGUUAUUUUGAUAUACAUUUCAAUGGGCUAGUUAAAUUACUGUCUAAUUAGAUUAUUAGAAUAAGAUGAUAGUUGCUCAUUUUAAAACAGAGUGAAUAUUCAGUUGUGGCUUAUAGAUAAUACAUCUCAUUAAGGCUUUGUGUUAUUUAAUCAGUGUUCUGUUAUGUUUGUGUACAAUUGGCUUGUGAAUGUGAGACGCCGCCGCCACCAGCACCACCAUUAGAUAUGCGUUUAUCGGGAAUCGCAAAUCAAGAAGGAAGAUAUGAAUUUUUCAUUAGGACAAUAUACAUUGCUAACAUUCACCAGAGAACAAAGACAAAAUAAUAUAUUUUACAUUUUUAUUUUAUAAUUGUUUUUCUAAUUGUAUUGUAUUCUAUGUAAGUAAAUGGACAAGGCAGUGUAAAGUAGUAAACAUGCAUGCUCAGGUAAUGUAAACGCUUCAACCAUCUGCUGUGCCAAAAUGGAAACUUGUUUUAUUCUUCAAUUUUGCCAACAAUAGGUAUUCACAUAAGACUGAGAUAAAGACAAGUUUACAAAGUUCAUUGAAAAAGUAAGUCUAAAAUCUGUCUAAAGCAUACAAAUACAGGCAAUGUGAAAUUUGCCACUUGCAGAAGCAUUGCAAUUAAUGCUGAAAGAUAAACAUUUAUUCGAAUUUGGUCCAGUUCUUCAAAGUGAAGAAAAAGCUAUCUACUUUUGUCUGUAAUGUCCAUUUCAUCAGUUUUUUUCUUUGUAUCUGUUCUAAUAACAAAGGCUAAAUUUGAAAUAACAAAAAGGAAGUUCUUUUAUAAUAUACAUUGAGAAUUGCUUGUAUAGGCCACAAAUUGCAAAAUUAUACUGUUGAAUUUAUAAUAAAUGUUGCAAAAU